AUGCCGAUAAUUGGAGAAGAGACCUUGAAUUCGAAGAAGGAUAAGGUGUAUUUGAAAAAUUUUCCCAUGAAAGGGGUUGUUAGGUUUGACCAGAAAGGGAAGUUAAUUGCUAUUUAUGUGGGUAAUUAUGAAAUAUUUCAAAGGGUUGGGAAGGUUUCACAUGAGUUGAAACUCCCUAGUGAACUAUCUUUAGUUCAUGGGGUUUUCCAUGUUUCUACACUCAUGAAGUGCAUUGGUAAUGUCGAGUCUAUUCUUCCUGUUGAAGGUCUUGUUGUGAAGGAAAAACUUUCCUUUGAGGAGCUUCUGGUUGAAAUCCUUGAUCAUCAAGUGAAGAGUUUGAGGAACAAAGAGAGUGCCUCCGUAAAAGCGUUAUGGAGAAACCACCUUGUUGAGAGAGUAACGUGGGAGGCCAAGGCCGAGAAGAAGUCCCGUUAUCCUCAUACCUUUACUAGUGAAGGUUAG